CACAUCACAACACUAUUCCAAGAGUUGGAUACUGUCAGAAAAUCACCAAAAAAAUAAUUGGAUCUCGAUAAUCUCCAUCCGUUCUACUUUUGCCUUUGAUUUUUGUCACCCAAAUACCUCACCAUGGUCGUUUCGGGAUCUGUCAGUGCUUUUCCGUUUUCGUCGGCUCCUUUGAAGAGCGUGAAGAUGGUCCAGUUUGGCAUCUUGGCUCCAGACGAGAUUAAAGCCAUGUCUGUCGCCAAGAUCGAGACUGCCGAUCUCUUUGAGGGCGAUCGCCCGAAAAUUGGUGGUCCACUCGACCCCAGAAUGGGCACCAUCGAUCGCAAUUUCAAGUGCUUGACUUGCGGCGAAAACAUGACCGACUGUCCUGGCCACUUUGGCCACAUUGAGUUGGCAAAGCCCGUCUUUCAUUGCGGCUUUAUAAAAAAGAUCAAAAAGGUCUUGGAGUGCGUGUGCUUCUACUGCGGCAAGCUCAAGGUCGACGACUCGAACGAAAAGUUCAAAAAGGCGCGUCUUAUCAAGGACCGCAACCGCCGUUUCCAAGAGGUGUGGGAGCUGUGUCGUGCCAAGACCGUCUGUGAAGUUGGCGACCUGAACGAGGACGAGCACGGCGGCGACGAUGGGCACCGUGGCGAUGGCGUCAGCCAACGCGCAGACUCCAAGCCAAAGGGCAAAGCACACGGCGGCUGUGGCUCCAAGCAGCCAGCGUUCCGGAAGCUAGCACUCGAUCUGAGCUACACUGUGGUGCUCAAAGAUGAUAACGACCAAACCAAGGAAACCAAGAAGGUUGACCUGACUGCCGAGAAGGUGGUCAGUAUCUUCAAGUCCAUCUCCGAGGAAGACAUCAACAACAUGGGUCUCUCGCAGGACUGGGCUCGUCCAGAGUGGAUGUGCAUAACCGUCUUGGCAGUGCCGCCGAUGCCGGUGCGUCCUGCCGUCAACAUGAACAACGGCGGUGGUGUCAGCCAGGACGAUUUGACCUACAAGAUUGCCGACAUUGUCAAGACCAACAACUUGCUGCGAAAGCACGAGGCUGAAGGCUCGCCCGCCCACGUCAUCAAUGAGUUCGAGAAGCUCCUGCAGUACCAUGUGGCCACAUACAUGAACAAUGACAUCUCGGGCAUCCCCAAAGCCCAGCAGAAAUCUGGCCGUCCGCUGAAAUCGAUCCGCGCCCGUCUCAAAGGCAAGGAAGGUCGUCUGCGUGGCAACCUCAUGGGCAAGCGUGUCGAUUUUUCGGCGCGAACUGUCAUCACCGGCGAUCCCAAUCUAUCGAUCGACCAGGUCGGCGUUCCGCGCAGUAUUGCUCGCAACCUGACCUUCCCCGAGAACGUGACCCCGUACAAUAUUGCGCGUCUGCAAAAGUACGUCCAGAACGGGCCGAUGGAACAUCCCGGUGCAAAGUACGUCAUCCGCGACAACGGCGAACGUAUCGAUCUGCGCUACAGCAAGGUUGGCCGUGACAUCCACCUGCAGCCAGGAUACAAGGUCGAGCGGCAUCUGAUGGACGACGACGUCGUCAUCUUCAACCGCCAGCCGAGUCUGCACAAGAUGAGUAUGAUGGGCCAUCGUGUCAAAGUCAUGCCGUACUCGACCUUCCGCCUCAACCUGUCCGUCACGUCGCCCUACAAUGCCGACUUUGAUGGAGACGAGAUGAACCUGCACGUUCCGCAGUCCUACGAGACGCGGGCCGAAAUCCAGGAGCUGUGCAUGGUGCCGAAGCAGAUUGUGACGCCGCAGAAGAACGGGCCCUGCAUGGGUAUCGUGCAGGACACGCUCUGUGCGAUCCGCAAGUUCACCCGGCGCGACUGCUUCCUUUCCAAAGACAUGGUCAUGAAUCUGCUCAUGUGGGUCCCUGACUGGGACGGCACCGUCCCCACACCGUGCAUCAUCAAGCCGAUUCCGCUCUGGACGGGCAAGCAGAUGAUGAGCCUGAUCAUCCCGCGCAUCAACAUGGUCGGAUAUCACAUGGCCCAUCCGGACGACGAGAAGAGCGACAUCAGCCCUGGCGACACCAAAGUCUACAUCGAGGACGGCGAGCUCCUGACGGGCAUUCUCUGCAAAAAGACCGUCGGGUCCUCGCAGAACGGCAUUAUCCACAUCACCUUCAACGAGCAUGGCCCCGAGGCCGCCAAGGGCUUCUUCAACAGCUGCCAAUUGAUCGUCAACUACUGGCUGCUCCACAACGGCUUCUCGAUCGGUAUCGGCGAUACCAUUGCCGACAAGCAGACCAUGGAAAAGAUUAACCAGAGCAUCCAGUCUGCCAAGGCCGAGGUCAACAAGAUCAUUGCCAAGGCCCAGCGCGACGAACUCGCUGUUCUCCCAGGCAUGACUAUCCGACUCAGCUUCGAGGCUCUUGUCAACAAGGAGCUGAACCGCGCUCGUGAUAUGGCUGGCAAGAGUGCCGAGCGCUCGCUCAAGGAGCAGAACAAUGUCAAGCAGAUGGUCACUGCGGGUUCGAAGGGCUCCUUCAUCAACAUUUCGCAGAUGACAGGCUGUGUCGGCCAACAAAAUGUCGAGGGCAAGCGUAUUCCCUUCGGCUUCAAGGACCGCUCGCUGCCGCACUUUACUAAAGACGACCACUCACCCGAGAGCCGUGGUUUUGUCGAAAACUCGUAUCUCCGUGGCCUGACGCCACAGGAGUUCUUUUUCCACGCAAUGGGUGGACGUGAGGGUUUGAUCGACACCGCCGUCAAGACGGCCGAAACCGGCUACAUCCAGCGCCGCCUGGUCAAGGCCAUGGAAGAUGUCAUGGUGCGCUAUGACGGCACCAUCCGCGACUCGCUCGGCACGGUCAUCCAGUUCUGCUACGGCGAAGACGGCAUGGACGGAGCCAAGGUCGAGCGACAGAACCUCGAAAGUCUUGCCAUGUCUGACGCCAAGUUCGAGAAAGCCUAUCGCGUCGAUCUGACCGGCGGACAGUACGGCCUCAAGCCUGGUGUGCUGGACUUCCGGACCCAAGAAAACCUCCUCAGCGACGGUCUGACCCAAAACCGGCUGGACCAGGAGUUUGAGCAGCUUCGCAAGGAUCGUGAGACGCUGCGGUGGACCAUCUUCAAGGACGGUUCGUCGAGCUGGCCGCUCCCCGUCAACCUCAAGCGACUGAUCUGGAAUGCCCAAAACCAGUUCGAGGUCGAUCCCCGCAAGCCCACCGACCUGCACCCACUCCAUAUCACCGAAUCGGUCGAGCAGCUGCUUGACAAGCUCGUCGUCGUUCGUGGCAACGAUCCACUCUCGGUCGAGGCCCAGAAAAACGCAACUCUACUGUUCCAGAUCCUGGUUCGCAGUACGCUGGCGACGAGGCGCGUGCUCGAGGAGUUCCAUUUGAAUUCCAAGUCAUUCCAGCAUCUUAUUGGAGAAAUCGAGAUGCGCUUCAACCAAGCGAUCGCCCACCCCGGCGAGAUGGUUGGAACAAUCGCGGCCCAGUCGAUCGGUGAGCCUGCGACCCAAAUGACCCUCAACACCUUCCACUACGCCGGUGUCGGCUCCAAGAACGUUACCCUCGGUGUGCCGCGCCUCAAAGAAAUCAUCAACGUCGCCAAGAACAUCAAGACACCCUCGAUUCAGGUGUUCUUGCUACCCGAGCAUCGUCAGACCGUUGAGAAGGCCAAGCGCAUCCAGACACGGCUGGAGCAUACGACGCUGCAGAAGCUCACGGCCGCCACCGAGAUCUGGUACGACCCCGACCCGCACAACCCGAUCAACCAGGAAGACAAGGAAAUUAUGGACACAUACUUCGAGCUCAGGUCGGAGAGCCGCGAUUCGGCGUUCUCGCCGUGGGUCCUGCGUAUCGAGCUGGACCUCAACAAGAAGCUUAGCAAGGAAAUCCCGAUGGAAAGCAUCUGUGCGCGCCUGUCGGAAGAAUACGGCGACGACCUCAAGCUCUGGCACGCUGAUGAUAACGCCGAGAGCCUGUUGAUUCUGGCCCGCUGCACAGUCAAGGACGACGAUAGCAGCGACAGCCGCCUGUCCGAGGAGUCGUUCCUGAAGCAACUCGAGUACAUGAUGCUCCACACCAUCACCCUGUGUGGCGUACCCGACAUCAAGCGCGUCUUCAUUUCGGAAAGCAAGUACAAGACCAUCGACGACAGCGGCGUCUUCCAGAGUCUGACGGAGCAAUAUCUCGAGACGGAUGGAAGUAACUUCAGGGAAGUGCUUUCCUUCCCCGGUGUCGACAUGUCGCGCACGUACACCAACUUUACAGUCCAGGUCAUGCAAGUCCUCGGUAUCGAGGCCACCCGUGCCGCUGUUCUGAAGGAGACCCGCAAAGUCAUCGAGUUUGACGGCUCGUACGUCAACUACCGCCAUCUUGCCCUGCUUUGCGAUAUCAUGACUCACCGUGGCCAUCUCAUGGCCAUCAGCCGACACGGUAUCAACCGCACCGAGAAGGGCGUCCUGGCUCGCUGCUCUUUCGAAGAAACGGUGGAGCUGCUCAUGGACGCUGCUGCGGCAGGCGAACUCGAUACUUGCCGUGGCGUCAGUGAAAACAUUGUCCUCGGCCAGCUCGCGCCACUUGGAACCGGCGGGUUCUCGGUUAUCCUGAACGAAGAAAUGCUCAUGAAUGCCUACGUUGCUCCUUCUUGGGGCUCGGCCCAGGAGCCAGGUAUGAUGGCCUCCAUGGAUGGCUCCAAGACACCGGCCCAGACGCCCUACUGGAACCACAGCCCCAGCCCGAUGCCGAUGACCCCUGGUGGCGGAUACUCGCCUAUCGCUCCCGAGUUCUCGCCCUUUGACAAGCGCGGUGGUGGAUGGAGCCCGGCGGCUGGAUACCUCCAGAACAGCCCCGUCUACUCGCCAACAAGCCCGCUGUACUCGCCAACGAGCCCAAGCUACUCGCCAACCAGCCCUUCGUACUCACCCACCAGCCCUAGUUACUCCCCAACGAGCCCGAGCUACUCGCCAACCAGUCCCAGCUACUCGCCAACCAGUCCCAGCUACUCGCCGACCAGUCCCAGCUACUCGCCAACGAGCCCAAGCUACUCGCCAACCAGCCCUUCGUACUCACCCACCAGCCCUAGUUACUCCCCAACGAGCCCGAGCUACUCGCCAACCAGUCCCAGCUACUCGCCAACCAGCCCAUCGUACUCGCCGGCCAGCCCAAGCUACUCGCCCGCCAGCCCGAGCUAUUCACCAGCAUCGCCUUCAUAUUCACCGGCAUCGCCUUCGUACUCGCCCGCCAGUCCGUCGUACUCACCUGCGUCGCCCUCGUACUCCCCCACCUCCCCAUCGUACUCGCCAACAAGCCCGUCGUACUCGCCCACGUCUCCGUCGUACUCUCCAACAUCACCCUCGUAUUCGCCCACGUCGCCCUCCUACUCGCCUGCAUCGCCUUCAUACUCUCCCACAUCACCCUCCUAUGCCCCCGCCUCCCAGAUGUACUACAACUCUGGCAUCAGCCACUCAACUUCUUCGCCGGCCUACGCCCCCUCAUCUUCAACUCCCAGCUAUGCGGCCGGAGGCUCAGCCUACCGUCCUCCUGGCCAGCCUGGCGGCUCUGGCACGUCCCAGAGCAACGGGAACCAGAACUACAGCCCUUCGUACUCGCCCGCACACUAGUGCUCGGUCGCUGAGGCUCGAUGUGCCCGAGUCCUGCCAAGAUAUGAGCGUAUGCGCUCGCCCCCGAGUGUACCGGCUCGCUCUCUUUUUUGUCUGUCUGUUUGUUUUGUUUGA